CACCAGCUAUGAGCUCCAAAAUGUCAUCACUAUUUCGAGUUACUGAUAGCGAGCAUCAGCCCAAGUUAUCAAGUGUUGAGUUAGUCGCCAGCUGCGAUUCUCAAACAAACAGAAGCUUCGCCUUCAGUGAAUUGGUCAGGCUCCAAAUAUGUGGCUGUUUAUAUUAGUUCUUUUGCUCCUGGUGAUCCUCAGCCUAGAGAUGUGGCGAUUUAUGAGGAACAUGAAAACGAUUCCGGGACCUUUGCCUCUGCCCCUGCUGGGCAACGCACAUCUAUUUUUCGGUCUCACGCCGGCAGAGGCGUGCCUAAAGAUCGGGGAACUGGCGGAGAAACACGGCGAUACCUUUGGCCUAUUUCUGGGUCCAUCCUACAGCGUUAUGUUGUUUAAUCCGAAGGAUGUGGAACGGGUUUUGGGCAGCACACAACUGCUGAAUAAGUCUCAGGAGUACUCCUUCCUCGGACGAUGGCUGAACGAAGGCUUGUUGGUCAGCAACGGUCGCAAGUGGCACCGCCGGCGCAAGAUCAUAACUCCGGCUUUCCAUUUCCGGAUUCUAGAGCAAUAUGUGGAGAUCUUUAAUAGGCAAUCCCUGCGUCUCGUAGAAGAGCUAGGCCUGAAGAAGAGCAGAGGCCAGGAGGGAAUCAACCUGGGUGAGGCCAUUCACCUCAGUACGUUGGACGCUAUUUGUGAAACCGCCAUGGGUGUCUCCAUUCAAGCCCAAUCCAAUGCCGAUUCCGAAUAUGUCCAGGCAGUAAAGACCAUAUCAAUGGUGCUGCACAAGCGGAUGUUCAACAUCCUGUACCGAUUUGACCUUACGUACAUGCUCACCCCGCUCGCGAGGGCGGAGAAGAAAGCCUUGAAUGUGCUCCAUCAGUUUACGGAGAAGAUCAUUGUGCAGCGCAGGGAGGAGAUCAUCCGAGGUGGAAACAAUCAGGGAAGCAGUAACGACGACGCUGAUGUGGGUGCCAAGCGUAAGAUGGCCUUCCUUGAUAUACUUCUGCAAUCGACCAUCGACGACCAGCCACUGACCAAUCUGGAUAUCCGCGAAGAGGUUGACACCUUCAUGUUCGAAGGUCACGACACCACCUCUUCGGCACUGAUGUUCUUCUUCUAUAACAUAGCCACCCAUCCGGAAGCACAGAAGAAGUGUUUUGAGGAGAUCCGAUCCGUAGUGGGUCAGGAUAAGAGCACGCCCGUAACAUACGAGCUCCUCAACAAACUGCACUACGUUGAUCUUUGUGUGAAGGAGACCCUUAGGAUGUAUCCCUCCGUUCCACUGCUGGGGCGUAAGGUCCUCGAGGAUUGCGAGAUAAAUGGAAAACUUAUUCCGGCCGGCACUAAUAUUGGCAUCUCACCGUUGUAUCUGGGAAGACGGGAGGAGCUCUUCAGUGAGCCCAAUAGCUUCAAGCCGGAGCGAUUCGAUGUGGUCACCACCGCCGAGAAGCUCAAUCCUUACGCGUAUAUCCCGUUUUCGGCAGGACCUCGGAACUGCAUUGGCCAGAAGUUCGCCAUGUUAGAGAUCAAGGCCAUCGUGGCCAAUGUCCUGAGGCACUACGAGGUGGACUUUGUGGGUGAUACUUCAGAGCCGCCGGUUCUUAUUGCCGAACUCAUCCUGCGCACCAAGGACCCGUUGAUGUUCAAGCUGCGGGAGCGUGUCUACUGAACCACAAACUCACACUUUAUUAUUCUAUAAAAUAGAAAAUAAAUAACUGAAAUUAUGAGAA